ACAGUUCUGUCGCGUAGAUCAGCGCUGAGAGUUGCCAUCGAAAAUGUGUCUUAAACUGUUGUCGUGCCUCUUCGUACUGGCUCUGGCCGCGAUCGUCUGCGAGGGGCAGAGGCAAUACAAUCCGUACCUGAGGAACCCCUUCUACAGGAACCUGUACUACAAGAACCGCGAUCUGUACAACCUGCGUCGCUACUACGACGGCUUCUACAAGAAGUACAAUCCCUUCAUUGCCAACGCCCAGGCACGCGUUGUGGCCCAGUCCCGGGAGGCCAACUACGGCACGGGCUCCUAUGUCUACAACUACGAGACGGAGAACGGCAUCCACGCCGAGGAGCGCGGUGUGCCCGUCGACAUAGGCAACCAGGAGCAGGAGGAACAGGUCGAGGGUGCCUACUCCUACAUCUCCCCCGAGGGUCUGCGUGUAGGAGUCAAAUACGUGGCCGAUGCCAAUGGCUUCCGUCCAGUGAUCACCUAUGAUGGCGUUAACUCUGCCUUUUAUGCCAGCCAGCCUGCCGCAGCCAAUGUGGCACAUACGAAGCAUUGAUCCAACACUCCUUCCUGUUCUAAGUUACUUGAGUGA